UGAAGGACGAAAAACAAAGAUGGAGUCUUGUUUAGCAGUUGAAAGAGAAGUGGAGAGAGUUUUAUCAAAAUUUAGUGGUCUACAGGACCAUUCGAAGAAAAAUUUAGAAGAAUUGAUUUCUUCUAUACAGGGUAUUCAAAAAGAACUCAAUGAAGCUCCUGCUGAACAAGAAAUUACACCAACACAAUCAAUUAUUUUGAUGCAGACAGUUCGGAAAAUAAAAGAAGCCAUAUCUAGAAUGGGACAGGAACAUAAAGACCUACACAGCACAGUGUCAAAAGUCGGCAAAGCUGUUGAUAGGAAUUUUGUGACAGAUUUUACCUCCAUAUCUCAAGACUGUAAUUUAGAGGACGAAAACAAGAAACUCCUGCUAAAUGAAGUGAUUGCAGAACAUUUCAUGAGACAAGGCAUGUUACAUAUUGCAGAUGCCCUCAUUGAGGAUGCAAAUUUAGAAAUUGCUGCAGACAAGAAGGAGCCAUUUUUGGAGCUUCACAGGAUACUAGGUGCCCUGAAACAGAAGGAUUUGAAUCCAGCAUUAAGGUGGGCAGAGGAAAACAGAGAAAGGUUAAACGAGAUUCGGAGUUCACUUGAGUUUAAACUCCACCGCCUCCAGUUUAUUGAUCUCCUCAAACAGGGUCCCUCCCACCAAUGCCAGGCCCUCCAGUACUCCAGGAACUUUGCCCCAUUUGCAGACAGACAUGCAAGAGAUUUACAGAUUCUGAUGGGAAGUAUGUUGUACCUACAGCAGGGUAUUGAGAAUUCCCCCUAUUCUCACCUCCUGGCCCCGAUUUACUGGGAUGAGAUCUGUGACGUGUUUACUAGGGAUGCCUGCACACUGCUAGGAAUGUCUGUUGAAAGUCCAUUAAGUGUCAGUAUUCGAGCUGGCUGUCUAGCGUUGCCACCAUUACUUAACAUCAGACAGGUGAUGCAGCAGAGACAGGUAUCAGGGGUGUGGAGCAGCAAAGAGGAACUUCCGGUGGAGAUUGACCUUGGUAGGGAGUACAGAUACCACUCCAUCUUUGCUUGCCCAAUCCUUCGACAACAGAGCACAGAUGUCAAUCCUCCUAUGCGGUUAAUCUGUGGUCAUGUGAUCUCUCGAGAUGCCCUCAACAAACUCUCCAAUAACAACAAAGUGAAGUGCCCCUACUGCCCGGUAGAACAGCUGCCAUCAGAUGCUAAACAAGUCUUCUUCUGAGUGACACACAACACAGCAAACAAUGGGUACAUGUGUACAUACACUUUAAUAUUUACUGAUAUUCAGAGCAGUUCAACAGCUGGAGGGAUGAAUCAGUGUGUUGGAUACUGCAAAACAGCAAAAACUUGUAGAUUUUCUGAUUCUCAGGGUUAUUCAACACCAAGAGAGAUAAAUCGUUUUUGGGACUCUGUAACUAAUCAGGUCAUGUUUAUUAUUCAGCCAAUCAUGAGUGCUGUUAUUUUUUUUUCAACCAAUAGACAUUCUUUUGGAAUAUCAUUCAGUCAGCUGUGCUGACACUAUGUUUCAAGCCUGUUACCAAAGUAAGCAUUUCUGUUUUGAAAUAAUGCUGUAUUACAUCUGUCUCUGUGAAAUAUGGGUGUGAUUUACUUGUUUCAUUCAUCUGUACAUGUUUCAUAUUCUUCAGAACCAAAACCAAA